UAAAGAUCUUCGAGCCGGCGGCUGCUUGCUUCACUCUCACAGCACAGUGUCCGAGCCUGAGCAAUGGGAACACACCGCCUGGGAGCUGGCUGCAUCGCACUGCUCGCUGUCCUGUGCACGACCACCGUCCGGGGUGAUAAUCUGUGCGUAUCAAAAGGAGCAGCAUCGUGUGCAGAAUGUCUCCAAAUAGAACCGAAUUGUGCCUGGUGUUCACAAGAGGACUUUGGAAGUAGCUCUUCAAGGUGCGACCUCAAGGAGAAUUUAAUCCAGAAAGGUUGCGCGGAGAAUGCGACUGAGUAUCCCCAGGGUUACUUCCGAAUUGAGAAGAACUUGCCCCUCAGCAACAAAGGGUCAAGUGACAAUCCAGAGGCAAUUGUGCAAUUUUCUCCUCAAAAGAUCAGCCUCAGCCUGCGUCGAGGAGAAUCCAGAUCAUUCACAGUCCAGGUGCGUCAGGUGGAGGACUAUCCUGUGGACAUUUACUACUUGAUGGAUCUCUCAUUCUCUAUGAAUGACGAUUUGCAAACCAUCCAGGAACUUGGCACAAGGGUGGCUGAAGAAAUGGCCAAACUCACCAGCAACCUGCAGCUGGGCUUUGGAGCUUUUGUCGACAAGCCAGUUUCUCCAUAUAUUUACAUGACCUCAGAAGAAGAAAUCAAAAACCCCUGCAUUCAACUUGGCAGCACGUGUAGACCUGUCUUUGGAUUUAUAAAUGCACUCAAGCUGACUGAAGAAGUUAAGAAGUUUAAUGAGAAAGUAGUUAAACAACAAGUUUCUCGAAAUCGCGAUACACCGGAAGGGGGGAUGGAUGCCAUACUUCAAGCCACAGUGUGCACGGAUGACAUUGGUUGGCGUCAGGAGGCCACACACAUGUUGGUCUUUGUCAGUGAUGCUGGCUCACACUUUGCACUGGAUGGCAGGCUGGCUGGUAUCACCCACCCUAAUGAUGGGCAUUGCCACAUGAGUCUGGACAAUGAGUACAAUGCCUCCACUAUCCUGGAUUACCCAUCACUUGCUAUGCUGGCUGAAAAACUCACGGAGAAUAACAUCUUUCUGAUCUUUGCAGUCACUAGUCAGGUCACUGAGAUAUACAGGAGUUACACUAAAAUGCUUCCUGGUUCUACAGUUGGCACCAUUUCCAGGGACUCCAGCAAUGUCCUAGAUAUCAUCAUUGAUGCCUAUGAGAGAAUCCGCUCCAUUGUGGAAAUGGAAGUUUUGAAUCUGCCAAAGGAACUAUCAGUAUCCUUCGAUGCUUACUGUGGGGAUAAUGGAUUUUUCCCAGGACAGAGAGUCUGCUCAGGGCUGAAGAUUGGAGACACAGUGAAUUUCACGGUGAAAUUGGAAGCCAGAGAGUGCCCAGUCGGUGAAAAGGUGAAGACAUUUACAGUGAAACCCAUUCUGUUUAGGGAUUCCCUGGUGGUGACAGUUGAUUUCAACUGUGACUGUGAGUGCGAGAAAGACGCAGUGGAAAACAGCACUCAGUGCUCCAAUGGCAAUGGGACCUAUGAAUGCGGAGUGUGCAAGUGUCUCCCAGGCCGCCUUGGCCCAUCCUGUGAGUGCACAGACAGUGAUUUCUCAGUGACUGAAGAGGCGUCCUGCACCCCAGAGGGUGGCGGACCCCUUUGCAAUAACCGUGGGGAGUGCAUUUGUGGACAGUGCGUCUGCCACAACAGUGACUUUGGAAUCAUAUCCGGCAAGUUCUGUGAAUGUGAUGACUUUUCUUGUGGACGCUACAAGGGCGAGCUGUGCUCAGGGAAUGGCAGGUGUGAGUGCGGAGAGUGCAAAUGUUUCCCAGACUGGACCGACAGUUACUGCAACUGCACUGUCAAGACUGACAAUUGUGUGCCCACUUUUGGGCUAAUCUGCAGCGGGCGAGGCCACUGUGAAUGUGGGAAGUGUGUUUGCACCGGCGGAGCAUUUGGAGACCAGUGUGAGAAAUGCCCCACCUGCCCCGAUGCCUGCUCCUUCAAAAGGGGCUGUGUCGAGUGUAAAGUGUUUGAGACUGGGAAGUUGAUGGAGAACGGCACAUGUGACAGGGUGUGCAGAGAUGAGAUCCGAAGAGUGAGGACUUUGGAUUCAGAAACUACAGAUGGGGUCAUCUGUACCUAUAAGGAUGAGAAUGGUUGUGUUGUUCGGUUCCGUUAUCAUGAAGAGUCAAAUGGAAAAUCCAUUCUGUCAGUCAUCGAAGAACCAGAGUGCCCCCCGCCGGUGAACGUCCUGCUCAUUAUCCUGUGUUUGAUGGCUGCCAUCCUGCUGUGUGGUUUGGUGGCUCUAUUGAUCUGGAAGUUGCUGGUCACCGUCCACGAUAAGCGAGAGUUUGCCAAGUUUGAGGCGGAACGAGCCAAAGCGAGGUGGGAUACGGCCAACAACCCACUGUACAAAGGGCCAACGACAACCUUCACAAAUUUCACCUACACUGGCAACGCAGACUGAAGGGAGCAUCAGCAGGGAGAGGGUUACACAACCCACAGCAAGGAGAGCUUCAAAUGGGCUGCAUGGGGCACAAAAACUAAGGGGCUUGGGGUUUUAUUUCUCGAUGAGAUGGCAUUCCUUUCACUGGCCGGUGUCAUGCUCGACACUGGCACAACUUCAGUCUGUAAAGCCUACCUUCCCUCAAUAGUGGGUCACUGGACUUAGAAACGGCACUGAGACACAGUCAGGUGGCUCUGGUGUCUUUUAUCAGCAGGUGUUUGAACCUGCCUCAGGGCACUUAACUGGAAGGAUUUCUGAUAUCUGAAGAAUGUCUCUGAGGGUCACAUUAUGGUAGCAUAUACACUUUCACAAAAGGUAUUGAGAGAACAAGAAAGACAAACCUAUUUCUCUGGCAAGUAGGUCUGUAACCAAAUCACAGAGCUUUAAGCUCAUUGUCAAAAGGACCAGAGCAGAACUAAAGAGAAUUAUUUUUUAUCCGGACAGUUAUAAUGAUUUGAAAUAUACUGCCUUAAAGGUUGAUAGAAGUAAAUUCAAUUGUAAAUUUCAAAGGUGAAUUGGUUAAAAAAAUUUGAAGGGGGAAUUUUGCUGGGCAUAUGGGACAAUGGGACUAAUUGGUUUGCUCUUUCAAAGACGGGCCAAUGGCUUUGUGGGUUGUUCCAUCUGAGACUGCCUGCUUUAAAUGCCACUUUGAAGAUCUAAGUUGGAGCAUCACAAUUGGGACCUCAGCACUCCUGGGUUUAGGAAGCAAGGGAAAUGUCUAACUGUAUUCCCAUUAUUCCUGCUGCAAGUGGGCAAGAUUGGGUUUCAAUUUGAUGGCGUCUCAGUGUGUUUGGUCAGUUGAUGGAGGAAUACAGAGUCAGAGGAAAAGAAAAGAGAAAGUGGCGGAAUCUGUAAACUGACUCCUAUGCGAUUGAACAUGUCUUUACAGACGCAGCAGAAGCUGCACAGCUGGCGGCUGUGGGUAGACAUACUGCACACCAGCUCAAGAGUGUCACUUAACCCUGCUACCCAACUCCAGCCAGGGAAUGUGACUCAGUGACUGUAUGAACCCUGUCCUGUUCAUAUCUAUCUAUAAAGGUAAAGUUGCCAUGGUCCGACUGGCCCAGAGGCUACUCUGCAUUACAAACCAGUUGUCCUGCCAAAUAAGCUAACCAACGCGUCAGCUACAACCUACAGUGGCUCAGAAACCAAUGGAACUGAGUACUGCAGACUGCAUGGUGUGAUGUUGAACAGAUUCACUGAGAUCAGAAUAAUGAAGGUGGGGAAGGAAAGAGGGAGAAGAUGGGGAAGUCAGCCAGGAUUCCCUCUGCUGAUUUACAUCCCAGAACACCCUGCACUUUAAAUCUAGAUAUGUUGCUGCACAAACAGCAUGAGACUGAAGCCAGAAAGAAAUAUGAGUAAGUGCUAUAUCCUACGGUAGUUAUGUUUUCAUUCUUCUUUAAAGAAUCAUAGAGUCAUAGAGUAAUACAGCAUGGAAACAGGCCCUUUGGCCCAAACUGGACCGUGCUGACCAUGGUGCAUUCCCAGCUAGUUCCAAUUGUCCACAUUUGGUCCAUAUCCUUCUAAACCCUUCCCAUCCAUGUACCAAUCCAAAUGUAUUUUAAAUAUUGCUAUUGUACCUGCCUCAACCACUUUCUCUGGCAGUCCGUUCCAUAUAUGCACCAAUCUCUGUGUGAACAUGUUGCCCCUCAGGUCCUUUUAUAUCUUUCCCCUCGUUCCUUCAACCUAUGCCCCCUAGUUUUUCAACUCCCCAUCCCUGGGAAAAAGACUAUAUACGAUCAUCCCAUCUACGCCCCUCAUGAUUUUAUGCACAUCAAUAAGGUCACCCCUCAUUCUCCUACAUUCCAAGGAAUAAAGUCUUAUCUUGGCCAAUCUCUCCCUAUAACUCAGGCCUACUAGUCCUGGCAACAUCCUCAUAAAUCUUCUUUGCACACUUUCCAGUUUAACUAUGUCUUUCCUCUAAAAGGGUAUCCAAAACUGUACACAAUACUCCAAAUGCAGCCUCACCAACAAUUUGUACAACUGUAACAUAAUCUCCCAACUCCUACACUCAAUGCCUCAACUGAUGAAGGCCAGCAUGCUAGCCUUCUUCACCACCCUGUCCACCUGUGACGCCGCAACGAACUAUGUACUUGUACUCCUAGGUGCCUCUGUUCCACAACACUCCUCGGGACCUUACCAUUUACUGUACAAGUUCUAUCAUGGUCUAACUUUGCAAAGUGCAACACCUCACAUUUAUCUGCAUUGCCAAACGUCAGCCCACUUCCUCAUCCGAUCAAGGUCCCUCUGUAAUUUUUGAUAACCUUCCUCGCUAUCAACGAUACCUUCUAAUUUUGUAUCAUCCGCAAGCUUACUAAUCAUGCCUUGUACAUUCACAUGCGUUCUUUUAUGUAAAUAACAAAUGUCCCAGCACCAAACCCUGUGGCACACCACUAGUCACAGGCUUCCAGUCUGAGAAACAAUCUUCGACUAUCACCUUCUGCUUCUUGCCAUUGAGCCAAUUUUGAAAUUGACUGUAGUUUAAAUACCGUUGAAGUGCCUCGUAUCUUAUGUAUAUAUUUCUCUUCUCAUGGUGAAAGAAAACUAUGGUUCCUUUUAUUGGCUGUUCUCUAACCUCACACAAUGAAUAUUGUUGACUGUCAGCACAAUACAGAAUAGGUUCUCAUAAUCACUCCCACUCUCAGAAGCCAUAACCUGACAACUCAUUCUACAGUUUAAACACUUCUCUGCCGAGAGAACUACCUCCUAGUGACUAACCCACAACGACAGGUUGCGUUUGCGUAGGGCCUCAGAUUGAAGAGUAAGCGCACAACAUGGGCAUUGAGCAAAUGACAUAUAAGACAGCAUGGUGGGGGAAAGGCUUAGGUGAAUGACAGCUUAGUCAAAGAGUUGGCUUUUUACAGAGAUCUCUAUAGGAGGAGAGGCUGAGGGACAGAAUUCCAGCCUUGGUGCAGCUCAGAAUUGUCCAGUAUCCUUACACACCAUUGCUGGAGGGGCUCUCCCUCCAAUUGCUGGGGUCUACCUGCCUGGCCCUGACACCUCACCUGUUUUUUUGACCCACCCUUGCAGGGUUCAACAGCAAAGGACUCUUCCCUCUACCUGUGUCACCUCUAUCAGUGGCAUUGCUCACUGUGCCAACUCUGAUUGGGCUGCCAGUUUUGAACAGUGGACAGCAUCAUUAAUCGGCUGGAGAUCUAGUAAUAGGAUUGGCCAGUGCCCAUAAAAUAGCCGCCACAAUGCCACCGUACAUCCACACAGUCUUAAGACACACAGUGGCACUCAACAUCAAUUCUCCCGGCCAGCAAGAUCCCAACCAUCAUUCCAGUGAACGAGUGAGUAUGUGAAUAGUCCAUAGAUGGAACAGGCUCCCUAUGUUGGAAGGAGGUCAACUUAUUACAGUGCAGAUUUGCUGAAACUUCGACAGGUACUAACAUUUUGUGGCACAACUUUUGAGUAAUUUGAGACAACACUCGGAGGAUAUGUAACACACCUGGGAGGAAUCAGUAACCUAUAAAUCUCAAAACUGUCCAUCACCGGUGACUUUAUUUGUCCUAUGUCUGGGUCUAUUGCCAAAUUGCUAAUGGGGUUUAAUUGAGAGGGUUAGUCAACAGUUCCAUUAACUUUAUAUUAUACACCACCAAGAGGCUAGACACUGAACUGGAUGGGAUUGGAAUCUUUCUGUGCCUCAAUUCCGAUAUCCUUCUAUUUACUGAGAAAAUUCAAUGUCUGUGAAGUAUAAUGUUUCCCAGGUAGACAUAAGCCACACAAAUCAAUCCUUUUGUCAGCAUUUUGUGGCGAUAUCUUACAUCAAAAUAUUUUGAAACACCAUCAAGCCAGUUAUGAGUCAGCAUCCAUUUGGUAGGAAGCAGUAGGGAGGUGUUUAGUGAUAAGCUUGUUCUGGUCAGGAACUGGGGGAAAGAAACAGGAAGGUUUCACACUUUCUCGAGAUGAACUUGGGUCAGGAGCAGCUAUGAUAACUGACUCCUCAAGAUUUAAAAAUUAGCAAAGGUUAACCUGUGACUGCCUCCUUAUAGGGGAUGGGUUCUACUCUGCAUGUUUUUCUUGUAUUUCUUUUGUUGUGUUGUGACAGGAAUAGAGGCAAUUUUGCAUUGUGGUAAUUGCUAAAUUUAACAUGCUGAUGGCAUAACAAAAUAUCAGUCGGAUGUGGGUUAGGAAGCAGGCAGCGCAUGCGGGGAUUGGUGAUUCAGAAUGUGGGUGACGUCCCACCCAGUCACUCAGCUCUUCUGAAAUUCCAGGCAGACGAUUCCAGUAUGUGUCACCUGUUUGCCCUGCCGGCUAGGACACUCUAUUCCCGCACAGGUUAAUACUAUAUCAAUGUUAAAAACAAAAGCACCAAGGUCACUGAUUGAACCAUUGCUUGCAAGGACACAAAGAAAAAUUACUAUGGAGUAAAAGACAGAAGGACCACUGAGCAAAGUUUGCCUACCCAGGACCUAGGUUGAGAUGCCAGCUGUCCUUAGUAUACCACAGUUAAGGUGCCAGCAACUUACACUUAGUGCUGGUCAUUGGCCCUGAGUGGUCUGUGCCUGGGUAUGAUUGUGGGGUGAGGGCAAGAGCUGGUCCAUACUGUAAUGCCAUCUCUGUUGGAUAGCAGUUGACUCUCACUGUCUGACAACGAGAGUGAGGAACGGCCUCUUGGCUGACCGUGAGACUGAGUUCUGAGUCAAGACAGUGCCUUCUGCUCACAGAGGAGAGAGCGUCCAUUUCCACAGCCCCUUUCAUUGCCCACUGAGAUGUUUUUACAGGCAAAGUAGUGUUUUUUCUAAGUGUAGUGAAUGUUGUGAUGUAGGAAACAGGGCAAACAAUGUAUGCAAAGCAAGAUCCCACAAGCAGCACUAUGGUAAUGACCCAGAAUAUCUGUUUUUGUAAUUUUUGGUUGAGGACCAAUAUUGACCUGGACACUGGGGAAAAUCCCCUGGACCUCCCUUGACACAGUGCCAUGGAACCUUCUCUGUUCACCUGAGAGGGCCAACAGUGUGGGCUAAAAAGAGGGAGGGAGAAUGAGAGAGUAGUCAGUGAACACUGGCCUCCUCUGGAAGGGCAGGAUUCCCAUUUCACGACUCACUUUGUGUGAAUUGGCAGCACCUUUUGGUCAACCCUGGUUACUGCAGGAGGUUUGAUUUCAAAAUAUUAAUCCACCUUUAAGCAACAGUCCUCCGCAAAUUUGUGGCAAAUGGUUUAUCUAACAGAAACCUGGGUUAACAAUGACAUCAGUGCUUUAGAUUUAUAUGCAUUUGUAAAUAUCAUUGAAUCUUUAACAAGUUUCCAAUCUGAACGUCAUGUGUAUUCUGGCAUUUAGUGCGUAUAUAAAUCAUUCCCAGGUCAAGCUUAACAGAUAAAAGUGUUCUGUCUUACACUGUCUGCUGCUCCAGAAUUGUCAACCUGCAAAAACAAGCAUCAUACUGAAUCAUGACACCGGAAAUGAAUGAGUAACAGUUCAAGGUGAAUUCCAGACACUUCAGUACUUGCCUGCUGGGGACUGAGGUGCUCCAGUCAGAUUCGAUUCACACAGACAACGUAACCUCCAUCCAGAGCUAGCAAUGUCAAGAGUAGGGCAGGCAUCAUCAUUGAGGUCAUUUAUCAUACUGUCAUUAAACAACAGGUUAAAAACAUAAUUAGGACUGUCCCAGGAGUUCUGCUGGAUGGGAAGGUGAUUGGGGUACCUGAGAGGGGAAUCAGCUUCCUGCCCCAAUUCUCCAAUCAGCGCCCCACACUCUUUCUCCCAUCCCAUCACCCUCUCCCCCACACACACCAUCACUCUAAACCCUCUCUUGCUCCACCACAUCUCUCACCCCAACUCACCUCCACACCAAUCCAGCCCCCACAGCAUCACCACCUUCCCUUCUACCACUGCCCCCUUUCAGAAAAUGAAUAACUCUGGCUUUCCCUCACGCUGGAAUUGGAGCAUGGCUGGUCAAGUCUGGUCGGCGCUUCCUCCUCCAUUUGUGUAUGUCUCAAUCUGCAGCCAGAACUCAGAGUGAGAUGGCUUUUUUCCAAACAAGCUCUCACUGACCAGUGGAAUGAGACCUCUCUGUGAUAAUGGUUACAGUAGUUCUGUUCUCUGCUGGGAGUGUGGCCCCUAUGCCUGAAAAGCCAUUGGUCACUGAAUUUCACAAAUGUGUUGUCAAGUAUAAAAAUGUUCAAUAUAAUUAUCUAUUGCUUUCAAACAAGUUUUAUUGAUAAAGCUGUAAUACAUUGAGACUGAUGUAAUAAAGAUAUUAAUUUUAUAACAUCUCAA